CCCGGGAAUGUCAGACUGGGAAUCGGACGGCGACGGGGAGUGCGGCGCGCUGUCCCGGGGCCCCAACGGGCCCUGGAAGGCGCUGCAGGAGGCGCCGCGCUCCUCGGGGAGGAGGGGACGGGACCGCGGAGGAGGAGGAGGAGGGAGAGGAAGAGGAGGAUGGGGAGGAAGAGGAGGCUGCUGCUGGAAAAGCGGGCCCCGGCCCCGGGAGCUGGGCCCCAGGAGGCCCUUGGAAUUCCGCAGCUUCCGCUACAAGGACGCGGCGUCGCUCUGCUUCACCCUGGAGAGCGCUCUCAUCGGGGCCCUCAUCGGUCGUGGUGGAUCUAAAAUAAGGGAACUUCAAGAAUCCUCUGGUUCCAAAAUACAGAUUGAUAAGGGAGACUACAAGGCUGAAGUGAAGAUCUUCGGUAAUAAGGAGGCCCAGAAUAAAGCAAAAUCACUAAUUGAUGAACUAAUUAAAAGACAGGAACAAAGUUCUCCUUCGGAAAGAACCGGAAAACAAUCUUCCAUAACACAAGAUGAUGAUGAUGAUUCUGAGUCUGGGUCUCAGCUGAGACCAAUGAUAGAUUGGACAUCCAUCCGAGAGAACAGAGCAAAAUAUGAAGCUAUGAAAUGGGCAGACUUGCCCCCAAUUAAGAAGGAUUUUUAUGUAGAAUCAAAAAGGACACACUCCAUGUCACAAAAAGAAAUAAACAACUGGAGGGAAAAAAAUAAUAACAUCAUGUGUGAUGACCUAAAAGAUGGUGAAAAACGCCCCAUUCCAAAUCCCAUUUGUAAAUUUGAAGAUGCAUUUCAGCAUUAUCCUGAUGUUAUGGCAAACAUAAGAAAAGUAGGUUUUAAGAGACCAACACCUAUUCAGUCUCAAGCGUGGCCAAUUGUCUUACAAGGCAUUGAUCUUAUUGGCAUAGCACAAACAGGAACUGGGAAGACAUUAGCAUACCUUAUGCCUGGCUUCAUUCAUUUGGAUUCACAACCUGUACCCAGAAACAAGCGAGGUGGACCUGGUAUGUUGGUUCUUACCCCAACUCGAGAACUGGCUCUUCAGGUGGAAGCAGAAUGUUCCAAAUAUACAUACAGAGGAAUUAAGAGCACUUGCAUAUAUGGCGGUGGAGACAGGAAGGGUCAAAUAAGCCUUGUUACCAAAGGUGUUGAUAUUGUCAUUGCUACCCCUGGAAGACUGCAUGAUCUUCAAAUGAAUGACUUUAUAAAUCUGAGGAGCAUAACCUACUUGGUUUUGGAUGAAGCUGACCGAAUGCUAGAUAUGGGAUUUGAACCCCAGAUAAUGAAGAUACUAUUAGAUGUACGGCCAGAUAGGCAAACAGUCAUGACUAGUGCUACUUGGCCAGAUUCUGUUCGUCGCCUUUCAAAAUCAUAUCUGAAAAAUCCUAUGAUUGUUUACGUUGGCACCCUGGAUCUGACUGCAGUGAAUACAGUGGAACAAAAAGUAGUCGUUAUCCCAGAAGAGGAAAAACGAUCCUUCAUACGGUUCUUCAUUGAUGCAAUGAAGCCUAAAGACAAAGUCAUCGUUUUUGUUGGAAGAAAACUUACAGCUGAUGAUUUGUCAAGUGACCUUAGCCUCCAAGGAAUUCCUGUCCAGUCUUUACAUGGCAACAGAGAACAGUUUGAUCGCGAGCAAGCUUUGGAUGACUUUAAAAAAGGGAGAGUGCGGGUACUUAUUGCUACAGACUUGGCAUCCCGUGGCCUUGAUGUUCACGAUGUCACACAUGUGUUCAACUUUGACUUUCCACGGAAUAUUGAAGAGUACGUCCAUCGAAUAGGACGAACUGGAAGAGCAGGACGGACUGGAGAGUCUGUCACCCUGGUCACCCGGAAUGACUGGAGGAUUGCUUCAGAAUUGAUUAAUAUCCUGGAAAGAGCAAAUCAGAGUGUGCCUGAGGAACUCGUGUUAAUGGCGGAGAGAUUCAAACUCCAUAAGGAAAAAAAAGAUGUGGAAAAAGGUGGAAAAGUUAGUGGGAGGUGCUGGAAAGGAAUAUGAAUGCAGUUGCAAACUUCCAGUGGAGAGUUUAGGUGCUUGUAAACUUCCUUAUAGGCAAGAAAUUAGGUUGCAUACACUUAGUAUUCUGGAGAUGGUUGGUCUUCUUUGUAGAAUUUGUUUAAAGUCUAGAAUUUUAAAAAUAUAUUUUGUACUUUGUUAAUAAAAAUCUAACCUUUUAAAGGGUUGGAGUCUCAUUUCCUUACUAGUAAUCCCUCUUCCACCCCACCCCGCUCCAUUACCACCCUUUUCAUACACCCUCAAAGUGGAAUUUUGGGAUAGUGUAUAUAAUACAGACACUUCAAGUGCCUUGCUUCACCAACUAUUUAGUGAAGUGUGCUGAGGGAUCAUAAUGUAAAUGUUAGCCCAAAUGUAAACUAAUAGUUACAAUGUUUAAGUUGGAAAUUAACCCUAUU